AUGGAGAAGUUCCUCGUUCAGAAGGAUUGGAUUCGUCUUUGGUUUAUUGAUCUUGAAGGGAUGGUAAAUGGUGUAGGGAGCAAAUCCCCCGAGGUCAAGAAGAGCGAGGAAGAAGCCGAGAAGUGGGCGGAGGCUGCCACGCAAAAGUCCGAGGCCCGCCGAUUGGCGGAUCUGGAGGAGAAGGAGCUCGAGAAGGAGCAGCAGGAGGCGUUGGAGAAGAAAUCGGAUGAGGUGAAAAAGAAGCAGAGCCGUACGGUCGAGAAGGAGGAGUAUGAAAGGAUGGUGGUUGUGGAGAAUAAGAAUCGGGAUGAUUCGUUUAGGAGGCUCAAGGCUUCGUUUAAGAUUCAGAAUAGAAUUGUUCUAGUUUGUAUUGAAUAA